AUGAUCGUCCCCAACCGAUCCAAAUUAUCAAACCAGCCAUGGUUGUUUAUGGCGCCUUUCACUGCUGGAAUGUGGUGGUUAAUAGCAGCAAUCACCCUUUACAACGACUUCGUCAUUUGGUUGAUCGAGAGACCCCACCCUAACUAUCUUCAAGGCUCCAUCAUUUGGCUUGCAUUCGCUACACUCUUUACUUUGCGAGGUUGUGUAGCGAUUGGUCAAGAGUGGCUGUUGUCGUCUGGCUGUUUGUGGCUCUAA